UGUUUCACCGCCGCAACAACCAUGCACGACAGAAGGGCGGCCGUGUGCUAUGGGCUGGUGUACAUCCUCUGUACCCAGGUAUUGUCCACCAAUUCGCGCACCUCCACACUGUGGAAGCUGAAUACGGAGGAGGGUAAAAUAGUGAGUGUCGGACCGGGUGGAGCAAACUGCAAACUACAGAGUUCCGGUGGUAAGGCUACAGAAGGGACGACCACAACCGGGGAAGCAGCUGGUGAAUAUGAUCCGGACACGAACAACUCGGAAGAACUGCUGGCGGAACCAUACCAUCCUGAGGAGGAUGAGGAAUCAACGUUUCACAUAAUCACAACCACUGCGGCUAACUAUCGCGAUAAUACCUGGAGGCGGCACGCCCGGGACAAGAUUAUCGUCAAUCUAGUGAAGACCUCUGCCGAUAGUUCGCCGGGCGCCAAUAGCAAAGUGGCAGGCACCGGCACUAGUACCGAACCGUCGGACGUGCUGGACUGUGGCAAACCGGUCAACUUCACCUACUACGAUGAUCUGAUCGGUGUGGCGCAACGUUACAGUCAUCCGAUCGCACCGGAACCGGAAGUUGCAUAUCUGUUUCUCAAGAAAAAAGGUCCGAAAUCGCUCAAAAACUUCGACAUCGAUGCACUGGAACGGCGGCUACGUAAGGCGAAGAGUGAAAAGCCACGCUCGGUCCAGCUCUACAAUCAAAUUGGCAACUUUUGGCGAAUAAAAGGGGACGCGCGACAUUCGAUCGAGUGUUUCCGAGGUGCGUUGGCAAUGGCACCGACGAACGCGGAAGUUCUGCUAAACCUUGCCCGGGUGCUGUUCAAUCUGCAGUAUUUGGAUGAUGCGAUACACCUCACCAGACGCUCGCUGGAAGUGCAACCAAGGGAUCGUAGCGCCUGGCGGCAGUAUUUUACGCUGGGUGAAAUUUUUAAAGCGUACGGCCACUUCCAAGAAUCGGUUAACCAUUUGCGGCAGGCGCUGGAACUCUACCCCCAGUACGAACCGAUCAAGAAGGCGAUCGCGGAUGUGGAAAAUAUAUCCGCCUCCUCGUUGCACAUAUUUACCAUUAUCAUCAUCGUAUUUUUGGUGAUGUGCGUGCUAUAUGUGAUUCUUUCGUCGAACGAAAGCAACCAGAACAGUCACGAGCUGGAGCAGAAAGCGACCCGGCACUUUAACCGAGCCAUGGCCAUGCGCUCGCUAAAGGGCUUCACGCAGCGUUCGUUUAAAAAUCGAAAGUAA